CAGCUGGAGGCAGCAAUAAACAAGAGGGACGUCUGCAGCGGGGGUGAAAAAAGGAUAGGAAAGGAGCGAAAAGCUGCAGAUGUUAUGAUCUGAAACAGUGUAAUAUUUUACACAAAGACCUUCUUCUGAGAAGAAAGCCUUUUAUUUUUAUAUGAUGGUGUUUUAACUACCUCACUAAAUGCUAUUUAAAGCUAUGCUUUAAGAAUUUUCGAUUCUACUGUGUGUGAUCUCGUUUACAACUUGAAUAAUAUCGCAAAGGCAGGCCUUUGCUAUAAACCAAGUGAAACCUUAUAUUUGCACUACUGAAGCCCAUGCUCCCAUUGUCCAAUUCAAGAACAAACAAGGGCUUUAAGUGAAAAAAUAAAUAAAAAUAAUAUAUGACUUUAAGUUAAAUUCAAAAGUGAAUACCAUUCAAAGGCAGCUACAGCUUUUUUUGUUUGACAAAAAGCCUGCAAGUCAACACUUGACAUACAAGCAGUCAUGUUUCAACGUCUGAGCAACCUGCUGUUUGGGGAGGUGGAAGAGGUGGCAGCUGAGCUCAAGGGACCCAAGCCCUGUGUUACAGAGGCUGACGAGGAAGGAUGGAUGCUUGUCAACCUGCCUGACAAAUCUGUCUGCAUGAUGCCGGCUGAGGAUGAGACACAAGCCCAACUUAUUGCACAUCCAUUUCUGGACAGUAACCAAUCAAAUCACAAAGACACUGAGACACGGACUGAAUGCCAAACAUCCAUUCCCCGCCCGCCAAUCAAGCGCCGUAGGACACGUAAAAGUCAGACGCAAGGGGCAGUAGCAUCAUCAGAAUCACUGUCUUGCCCAAGGCGGGCCAGACUGUCCACGGCCUCCUCCGCCCAGUCAACUUCUCCUCCUGGGAGCGAGUGUGGGGGCAGUGGGCAAAGCAGUAAAGCAGGCUCAGAGAGAGGCUGCAUGGAUGAGAGCUGGUUUGUCACCCCUCCCCCCUGUUUCACUGCAGAAGGAGCGACUGCGGAAGCGAGCCCAAUGGAGGACCUGCUCAUCGAGCACCCCAGCAUGUCAGUGUACGUCUCCCCAAACAACCUCUCCAUAGUCUCCAACAGCAACCUCUCCGUGGUGGGCGAGGAAAGCAUUGUGAGCCUGGCAAGCAGUGUUAGCCGAGUGGCUGAGCCAGCUGCAGCUCCGGCCACCCACACCCCGGGGCCAUUCAGGGGGACUUUUGGACCUUACGUCCAGCCUAAGUUGGCCCAAGUGGCCAGGGUCCAGCGUGGCAAAGCCCGCAUCGAGAGGCGCCACCUGAGCCGCAACCGCAUCCAACGCCAAAACCGCACCAGAGAGCAGGUUCCUCGUCACGCAAGCCACGCUCGCAACACCUUCCUUCACCAGCCUAGCAAGCGUAACUUCUGCCACUAAACCUCCAAGCGCUGUUUACUCUGAGGGCAUUAAAGGAGCCGAGUCAACUUUAUACACAUUUAGUGCAUUUAACAUGUCUGCUUUAAAUUUGGCGCACUCGUUCAAAAAUUUUGCAUUCUGUAGUCUUCUGCUGCCCUAUUUUGCUCUUCAGAAAUACUCGCCCUCAGAGUAGCUCAUAGAGUAGAACUUAAAAUCCUUACUGCAGCAUCCAAACAUAAAAAGUUUAAGUUUUAAUAAUUUAAAGAAAAAAAUAAAGUUUAGCUAUAUUGAUUUCUUCUUCAUAGUCUUCCUUUCACUCUCACCCCAAGCAUUUUUUAUAUUAAUACAACCAUAAAAUAAUUUUAUGUUCAUAAGUGAUUUUCUCUGACUGAACAGACGAUAUUUGAGGGAACCUUGCAUCACAGAUAAAAAAUGGCUGAACCUUAUUUGCAGAAAAAACAAACCAUCAUUUCCUUAAAGCUCAAUUAUGAGUUAUAGCCACCGUCCAGUUUUAUUUUUGUAGAUGGAUAUUCUGGGUGAGGACUGUUGUGAUGACAAGCACAAAAAUAUAUGUUUGCAUUGUGGCAAACAAUUUCAUCAUAGAAAAUAAACAUUGUGCGAUUUAUUCCUCACUACACUGCAAAGGUUGAGAGCAAGAAAGAGAUGGUGGGAGGAUGACCAAAACAGACUAAAGAAUCAAUGAUGCAGUGAAUUAGUACAAUGGUGUGUGAUAAAGAAUAGGAAAGUGGGACGUGACCCUCCAAAGCAGUCUUGUUUUUUUUCUCAGAUAAGAGAGCAGAAUUUCCUUUCACUUUUUAUGUUAGACAAUGGUUAACUAUCAAUAUAAAAAGUUGAAUAUUUAAAUGCUCAUAAAUGUAAGCAAGAUGAUGAGAUACAAGCUUCGGCGUUGGGUCAAAGAGAAUGGCAGAAUAUUAUAAGUGUAGAACGAUAAAAAUGGCUUACAACUCUUUUUUUUUUUUUUGUUCAUUGUAAAGUUUGCAAGGUUCCACCAAUAUCAACAUUCAUCUGAAGAGUAAGUGGACAUUUGAUUAAACAAAAUGAAUAAAAACUUGCUGCACUUGCAGCAUGACUCAAUGUUGUCAUCUUCUACCUGAAGCCAAGGGCCCAGCACACACCAGACACAGUGUGUACUGCGAUUCUUCACAUUAUACAUUACAAUGUAUACAUUAGUUGCUUUAAUUAUUUUUAAAAAAAUCCCUGGCUGCUAAGGAGUCAGAUUUGAAGAAAUGGGGAAUAGUUCCAUCAGUUUGUCUGAACAUUGCUGUCUCCUUGUAUGCACACCAAACUCUUAACAUGGUUCGCUUAGAAGCUGAGCUUAAAGACAUGUAACAACAACAAUAGUAAACAAUGGUGCUGAUGUGUAUACUAAUGUUUGUAAAUUAUUCGAAACAUGGAUGUAAGUUUGCACUGUCAUACAUUUCUGUGAGUCAAACGUUUUAGCAGUGUGCUGUGUGCUUGUGUUUUACUUUUGAGACCUUCCCUCCCCCCCUCUCUUUUUUGUUUGUGAGAAAGUUAAAAUCUCCUAAAAAUAGCGGUAUACAUUAUGAUAGUCCUUUAUUACUCUUGUAAAUAUUCUAAAGCAAUUUAUAGCACUCUGUUAGAUGUCAAAGCCUCUAAAGACCCGAGUCCGCAAUGUUGAGUUCAAUGGGAGUGAGGCAAAUCCUCUUUUGCCUCAGCUCGGUGCUCCUAAUCACAGGACAUCUCCCCCCCACCCCCUAGUUUGAGUUACAUCUUGCUGAGGAGGAGCACAAUAAAAAUCGCUCAUAGGCUCAGGGUUGAUGUGCCAUAGCCUCACAGUGCCCCCCAGAGGCUCCACUAAGCAGAGUACUUGCCGAUCGUGUACUCUGGUGAGGACACUGACAUGGUUGCAAUACAAUCUGUACUGCUGUGUGGAAAAGACUGAGUGGCAAACUGGUGAUGCAUUUACAAUCUUUGGAAAGGGGAAGAGUGUUUCCUUUUGAAAUUGUCUAUUAAAGUCCUUUUU